CAAAAACCUCUGGUCCUACUUUAUUAUCUGCAGCAGCCCAGCUCUCAAGCAGUCGGAUCUUCAACCUCUCUACGACCAGCUCCCUAAGCCCUGUGUAAUCAUGGGUGAUUUGAAUGUCCACAAUCUACUCUGGGGUGGUACUAACACAAAUACUAAAGACCCGGCAAGAACAAUGGAUGAAAAGUUCUCAGCAGACAUACCGUUGAAGGAGAGGGACGAAGUCGAGAAGGUCUUUCUUUAUUUGAUUGGAGAUGAUGGGACUGGAAGUGAGGACAUCAUUGACAGAUUUUCCCAAAACAGCCAUCAAUACGAAAAGGUUUUGGGAGGGGUGAACUUCACAGGACCCGUUCAGACUGCCCAGUCUGCUGCUGAAUUCUAUCCUAACAACAGAGAGGAUGUUUAUAUUCUUGACGUUGCUGCUGGAACUGGUCAAUGUGCAGAAAAGCUACACUCUCACGGAUUUCGCAGAAUAGAUGCCUUGGAACCGUCAUCAGAAAUGGUUGAACUGUCCAAGAAGAAGGACCUUUAUGGUCGUUACUUUAACGUUAUAUUAGGCGAGAAUGCCUUGGAUAUUGAAAGUGAUACCUACGAUGCUGUGACCAUUUCUGGGUUAAGCGUAAUGGUUAUGAAAAAAAUGCCAAAAAACGCCUUCGAGGAGCUCAUCCGAAUCGUUAAACCAGGUGGGUACAUCAUCAAUACGUCCUUUUACAAGCUCUUCCCGGAAGAUGGCGAUGCCGUAGCGGCCAUAUUUAGAAGGAACGUAAAGGCGCUGGAGUCUGAAGGGAAGUGGAAGCGGGUCCAGCUCAGACACUUCAAAGGAUAUCUGUUCGGUGAUGACGGAGGUGUUGCUGUUCACCAAGUCCUUUAAUGUACAAACGUUUAACUGGAAAAUCGAAACACACGUCGUUCAAUUAACUCUCUGGAAUUCUAAACACUGACUGCUUGUUCAUAACGACACGGUAUUUAUGUUGAUAAUUUGCUAAAAGUUUGAAAUUCUCAACGAUGAGAAAAUUGGUACGAUAAAUGCUCUACAUUUUCUGAUUGCUGGAAAACUGUCACAAUCCCUUCAUGACAAUAAAACAAACUUAUUAUGCA